CAGCGACCUGGACGGCAUGGCCAUGGAAUUAAGGGAAAGAGGUCGGUUCUUGGAGACAGGUUCACUCUUUAUAUUGCAGGCAUGGGAUUGUGCUGCUUGGACUCGGGACAUGAAGGGCCUGGUGGCUGUAAUAACGGGAGGAUCUUCAGGCCUAGGUCUGGCCACUGCAGAGCGGCUGGUGAGGCAAGGCGCCUCUGCUGUGCUUCUGGACUUGCCCAGCUCAGAUGGGGAGACUCAAGCCAAGAAAUUAGGCAAGAGCUGUGCCUUUGCACCAACCGACGUGACCUCAGAGAAGGACGUGCAAGCAGCUCUGACUCUAGCAAAAGAAAAAUUUGGCAACGUGGAUGUGGCAGUCAAUUGUGCAGGCAUUGCAGUCGCCAUCAAGACAUACAAUUCAAAGAGAAGCCAGGCUCAUACUUUGGAGGACUUCCAGCGAGUUCUCAAUGUAAAUCUCAUAGGCACUUUCAAUGUGAUCCGGUUGGUGGCUGGUGAGAUGAGUCAGAAUGAACCAGACGAGGGAGGACAACGUGGGGUCAUCAUCAAUACUGCCAGUGUGGCUGCCUUCGAGGGCCAGGUUGGACAAGCUGCAUAUUCUGCUUCCAAGGGGGGCAUAGUGGGAAUGACACUGCCUAUUGCUCGAGAUUUGGCUCCCUUGGGCAUCCGAGUAAUGACUAUUGCUCCAGGCUUAUUUGGCACUCCACUGCUCACCAGCCUCCCAGAGAAAGUACGCAACUUUCUGGCCAGCCAGGUGCCUUUCCCCAGUCGACUGGGCAACCCUGAUGAAUAUGCUCAUAUGGUACAGUCCAUCAUCGAGAACCCAUUCAUUAAUGGAGAAGUCAUUCGUCUAGAUGGGGCCAUCCGAAUGCAGCCUUGAAAGGAGAAGGCAGAGAAAAACCAAUGAUCCUCCUCUGUCCCUUUCCAUGGGCUAC